AUGGUAGUCUUUGUCACACGUGUUCUGCAGGACACUGUCCACGCCCAUCCAGCCACCAGCUCAGCAUUUGCAGAUCUUGGAGUUCCAGUCGGGACCACCUUUUUCGUGGUCGUCACAUUGGCAGCUGACUUGCUGUGGUUGAGCAAGCGCCGUGCCUUCUCGCAAAGCGCCAUCGUGAGCACUCUCCAGUCAAAGAUCAAGGCGCUGGCUGACAAGAAGACCCCGCAAUUCGUCGCACUCCGGAAGGAACAUGGAGACAAGUCCUUGGGAGACUCGACUGUCGGACAGUGCAUCGGCGGCAUGCGUGGCAUCAAGUGCCUGAUCAGCGAGACCUCCUUGUUGGAUCCCAUGGAGGGCAUUCGCUACCGUGGCCGCACGCUCCAGGAGUGCAUGGACCAGCUGCCCAAGGCGCCAGGCAGCAAGAUCGGCCUCCCCGAGGCCUCUUUCUGGCUGCUGCUGACAGACGAGAUUCCGACGGAUGCCGAGGUUAAGGCCCUGAACGAAGAGCUGCACAAACGGUCUGCGCUCCCUGCCGACGUCAUCAAGCUGGUUGACAGCAUCCCAAAGGACACCCACCCGAUGUCGCAGCUCGCCAUGGGUCUCCUGGCCCUGCAGCCCACAAGCGAGUUUGGGAAGGCCUACAGGUCAGGAAAUCUGAAGAAGACGGAGUACUGGCAAUACACCCUGGAGGACGCCUUGUCCCUGGUGGCGAAGGUCCCCGUCCUUGCUGCUCGUAUCUUCUGCAACGUCUUCAAGAACGGCCAGCAUAUCCCUAGCGACCCUUCACUGGACUGGGCGGGCAACUACGCACAGAUGCUGGGUGUCAACGACAGCGACAAGUUCAAAGACAUCACGCGCUUGUACCUGAUGCUUCAUGCUGAUCACGAGGCGGGCAACGUCUCAGCCCACACUACGCACCUCGUGGGUAGCGCUCUGAGUGAUCCGUACUACUCCUUUGCGGCUGGCGUUUGCGGUUUGGCGGGUCCUCUACAUGGCCUGGCCAACCAGGAGUGCCUUCGGUGGUUGAAGAACACGCACGAGACGCUGAAAGGACAGGAGCCAACAGUGGAGCUGUUGACUGCCUUCGCCAAGGAGACCUUGGCUUCGGGCAAGGUGAUUCCUGGCUUCGGCCACGGUGUGCUCCGAAAUACCGACCCGCGGUACACGAUCCAGCGCCAGUUCGUGCAGGAGAACUUCCCAGAUGAUCCCCUGGCAAAGCUGGCAGAGGUUUGCUUCCAGGCGAUUCCUCCAGUGCUGGAGGCGACAGGCAAGGUGAAGAACCCGUGGCCGAACGUGGAUGCCUUGUCGGGCACCUGCAU